AAGCUCAAGCCCGGUUUGAAUCUGUGAGCUGUCAUUAACUUCUGUGAUACUGGAAUUUUCAUAAUAAGUUUUUUAUUUUAUUUAAAUGACUCAAUAAAUACUAUUACACCUAUUAUGGCUUCAAUAUCACUCAAAUAUAUUUUCCUUCUUCUUUCAAUAGCUAUAUGCACAAUUUCCUCAAUAUCUGCUGAUUGUACGAUACCCAUCGUUUUAAGGAACACAUGGUUUUCUUUUGAAAAUGGAAAACAAACGAUUACUGAUAUUAAUGCUAGUGAGAUGACAACAAGGGGUGUUUGUGUUAACAUUAAGGCAGAUUAUCAUGUAAACUACACUAUGGUAUUCCGAUAUACCAACUGUUAUUAUUGUGUUAAGCUCAUAGUUCGAACUGUGAAUGUUAUUGAGAAAAUUGAAACACCGUGUGUUGAUAUAGGGCAAGAUGAAGAGCCUACAGUUGAAAGAGUGUGCAAGGGGCUUAAUCCUGACCAGUCUUUAACUACGUUGUUUUCUGAAAAUGCUGUCCCAGUUAAUUGCCGAUCUUCACUGGAAGGUGUAUGGCAGUUUGCAUAUCAGAAUCGUUUUAGAUUUACCGGUGAAUGUAAUCAUCCAGAUGCUCAGAUCAAAUCAUGUCAAACAGCAGGAACACAAUUUCUGAUAACAAAUCAGAAGUUUAACAUUACAUAUAGGAAGUGUCCUGGGAUGUCUGGUACAUUUGAUGGUGUUGUUGAGUUCAGUUGCUUAGGUCAUUGGUUUGUCGAUAAAAAUCAUUUCUUUGCUGUUGCAAAUACAAAGGAGUCACGUAAGGAUGAAAGAUACCGUUGCUUCUUAAAGAACAGAGAUGAUGAUCUAUAUAUUGGAGCAUCUAUUACUCCCCAGUGCAACACCUUAAAAACUGUUGAGAAAUCACCAGAGAGGUAUAGAAUUAACCCAGUCAAGGCAGAAGUAGUGGAACCAGGAUGUCGUUUACCGCAAAACUUUUCAGGCAGUUGGAUCAACACUGCCAAUAUUGAUGCAGAUGUGGUCAUAAAUGAAACGCACAUUAUUGAAACUUAUUACCCUGAUGAGGGAAGAUUUAGGCGUACUAUUUAUGUAUGCAGAGAACAACGUGAUACUCGUGUAAUGAUGGCUAGACUUACUGUUGAUGGCUGUCAGAAGGAUUAUGUUUGUUUCGAUUUUGUUCCUCAACAUCAUAAUGUUAUAAGAUACCGUAAAGGUUUAGCAAUGAUUCAGAGUAACUUUCACACAGUCUGCUCAUGGGUACAGUUUAAGAAUCAAGUGAAAUGGCGAUACGAUAUAUUUCUAAAGAAAAAUCCGACACCCAUACGUUGUCCUGUCGCUGGCAAAUUUAAAUUUACACAAAGGGGUGAUGUUAAAUUUGAAACUAGAAUUCUGGGUGGUGUAACAUUAAGCCCUCGACCGAAUUUGUACUGCAAAUUAAAUAUAAGCGAUUUUUCAGUAUGUGAUGUUGAUCAAAAAACUAUUCAAAUUAAGGAAAAUUACUGUCUGUCUGUGGACUAUUUGGGUAGACCUGUUGAUAUAUACAGUGAUCCCGAUUAUAGAAUGAAUUGUAUAGGUUACUGGAAAGAGAAUUUGAAAUCAUAUCUCAUCACAUAUGAUGAGUUGGAUCCCUUCUCAAAGUACAGAUGUUGGGUGUAUCAGAGAGCCGAUUUGAACAGGGUUCUUAUGUCUCAAGCUCUGGGUCCAUACUGUGAUUUGAAACAAGACGUUACCUCAUGGAACUAUACAGAGGGCGCAGCAGUCGCCGUAGAAAUGGAAGAGUAUGAAAGAGAAAGAGAUCAAUGUCCCAUGCAUUUUGAUGAUGGCAGUGAUCCUUGGUCAACGAAAGAAAAUUAUAUAAAAGUUUUCUCCUUUAGUUACUCAUUUUGGAGAAGUAAUGGUGCUUCAACAAUACAUAUAUGUACUCCACUGUAUAUAUUUGCCUUGAUGUAUUUAUUGAAAUAGUUAUCAUACAAUACGGACAAUUUAAACUUA